AUGACUUUCAAAUAUUGGCUGCUGUUCCUGCUGUAUUUCGUGCAAGGAAUCCCCUACGGGCUCCAGUCGGGACUCUUGCCGGUCUAUUUCCGGACGGUGGGCCUCUCCUUCACCAAGAUCAGCCUGACGAAGCUGCUUUACUUGCCAUGGAUCCUCAAAGUGCUCUGGGCCCCCUUUGUGGACUGGUAUCUCUCCAAGAAGACCUGGCUGAUGUUGACCAUGUGCGGCUUGGCGAUGACAUGCCUGGCCUGUUCCUUCCUGACUCCGGAAGUGGACUUCCUUGGAGUGGCGGUCACUCUGCUGCUCAUGAACCUCUUCGCUUCCAUCCAGGACGUGGCCACCGAUGGGGUGGCCAUCCAGCUGUUGGGAGCAGAGGAGGUGGGCUUUGGGAAUAGCAUCCAGGUGGUGGCCUACAAACUGGGCUCCCUCAUGGCGGGAGGAGGCCUGCUCACCUUCCUCCAUCACCUGGGCUGGGGAGCCCUCUUCGUCUACCUGACUCUAAUCUAUGCCACGGCCGUCGUGUUCACCUCCAAGUUUCAUCUGGACUCCUCUCCCCACGACACACCUGCCAAGGGCCGGGACUUAACCCUGCUGCGUUUUUUCCACGAGAUUCUCCUUGUGCCGGACACGCUGUGGACUGCUGGCUUUGUCCUCAUCUAUAAGUUGGGUGAACAGGGGUCGGUUUCCAUGUUCCCCCUCUUCCUUCUAGAUCACAGCUUCUCUCCCCAGAAGCUCGGCUUCUGGAACGGGAUCGUGGCCACCGCUUUUUCCAUUACAGGCUCUUCCCUGGGGGGCCACCUGGUGUCAGACAGCAGGUAAGUGAUGGAAA